AUGGCUAGGGAUAAAGUUACCACCGAUGGCUACCUAUUUAAAAAAGGGCAUUCAAGAUCAAAACACAUGUCAAGUGAAUCUGACGAGCCUCCUUGUAAAAGAAAGAAAAUUGACGCAGAAGAGAGGGCACGUGAAAUAAAGCUGUUGCAAGAUAAUUUGGAGACAUUAGACAGUCGCCUUCGCGUAAAGCAGCAGCUUUUGGAUAAGGCGCGCUCCCUUCAGAAUUACAAGCAGUGUGAUGAAAUACUUGGAGAAACGAUAAAAGUAAGGAAGGAAAAGGCAACUAUCCAGAAUCAAUUGCUAGAGUUGCAAAAACGAGAGAAUAAGUCUUCAUGGUACCACAAGAAAAAGCAGAAAAAACAACACAAGGAAACUAAUGUGAAACAAACAGAGGGAAAUCAGAAGCUUCCUUUCCUUUUCAGACGUAUGAGCAGCACGUCCAGCGAGAGUGAUACUAGCAUCAUUUCCACCUCAGAAUCUACUACAGAAUGUGAAAGUACAAGCCCCAGGAAAGAGUCUGAUGAUGCUGGUGAUUGUACUGCCGAAGAACCCGCUGGUAUUAGUAAGCAGGAUUUUCAGGAAACCCCUCCACAUCAGCAAAAAAUGUGAGGGGGGUCAGAGAAGAACUUGUUGCUAUUUAUUAUCGGGAACAAAAACGUGAGUUGUCGAAAUGUGCGGCUGUUGGACAGGAUAUUUGUAUUUCUGUAUUUGAAGGGCUCUCUUUGGAGGAGUAUGUUGAUGUUCGUUCUUCAGUGUGCAGUACCACACACAAACAACCUUGUAAAAAUUGUUGUGGUUUGCUUCAGGUUGCAAAUGAAGUGCUACAGAAAGGUUUUUUGAAGUUAAGGUCAGCAUUUGAAAUGGCAUAUCCAGAUGCAACUUACAAAUCUUGGCAUGCUCGAAGGAGGAUGCUUCAAAUGCCAUUAGCAAGUCUAGGGAUUGGAAAUCGAAGCAGAGUUAGCUACUCCAUCUUCUUAGUGGAAAAACAAGUUCGAGUGAAGUAUCCAAUAAUGCAAACGCUCUUAAACCAGUGGAUUAAAUGUGAAACAGCGGAGCCAUCGUUGCCGCUUACCAAAGAAACUAUGAACAGUCUUCUUCAAAUUGCAGAGUCUGAUGCAGAGAGAAAACGCCUCAAGUAUGCCGUUGUUAGGGCAACUGGUUUAUCUAACACUAAGGCAAAAGAAAAGUAUGGGUUUAGUGAUAUUGGCACCACUUUAUCCCAAGUAGAGCAAACAUUGGAUGAAGUCUCAGCCAUCCAUGAAGCGAUUGAGAAAAUUGCUCAAGUAAAAGACAAAGUGUUGCUAAAAUCACUAGCUGUUCCAAUGGAGAUGGAAGGUGAAAGUUCCGAUGAAAGUGAAAGCGAUGAUGAUGACGGCGCUGGUGCUGAUGAUGAAGAUGGCCAUGGGUGUGGCAAUAAUGAUGGCGACAGUGAUGGUGGGGGUAAUGAUGUUGAUGGUGAUUGUGGAGGUGGUGGUGAAGGUGAUCAUGCAAUUUCCUCACAGGUUAGUAGUGGUGAUGUUGAAAGUGCACAGAACCUGACCUGCACGCAGGUUGAUGGUAGACAUCAGUUCCAAUUAACAGACGAACAAUACAAGCAUAUCAGUGAUACUGGCGAAUGCUAAAUGAACACCCACCAACUCCUUGACAUCCUUCGCAAGUGCAACUUAAACUGGUUGGAGUUCGUCUGUGCAUUAGAGGUGUUGAUGCCAAAUGCUGCAGAACAUGUUCUUGAACAAGUGCUACUCGACUUUGCAGGGCAAUUGCCCUUCCUUGACCUCAGUGAACAUGAUGAGCGCAUUAUAGAACAGUCCCGGCAGGUAUACCUUGAGGAGAAAAGGCGCCAAGAAAUGGAGAGUGAAAUCGCUGAUGGUAUGAUAGUGUCAGAUUCCGAUUCUGAUUGCGCUGAAGAGUGGCAACGUGUACGUGAUCCUCUUGAUGAAGCUGGACUGGAUAUUAUCAAGAAAAAGAGGGCAGCGAUCCGAAGAAAAGCAACAAGGGAAGUUAAAAAGCGUGUUGCAGAAAGGCGUUAUUUAAGAAGAAGGAAAAGCAAGAAAGUUGGGAGAAUACAAAGGGAACACCCUGACAUUGGCGAAACAAUUGAACAAUACGUUCAAAAGUGUGGUGUGGGUGCCGAUGCUUGGAGGCGAACCGGUGUGUUGACAUUUGAUGGCAACAAGUGUGUUGGGAGGAAAGUUACGUUUAAAAGAAUUCAGGAACAUCUGCAAGCCAAAUACAAAUCUUCUUUUAGUUAUGGAAGUGUUGUGCAGUUGUGUGUUGCCCGGAAUAAACGUCGCAAGUCUGCUGCUAGAUACAAAGGGUUGGCACAAGUCGUACAGAGACGUGCUAGAAAGGGGUUCACGCUAAAAUACAAUCCCGAGGCUCAUUGGAGUUCUGCAUUGUAUGCCGGCUUCGAUAAGCCGCAGUACACUAAUGGAAACAACAUCAUGAACCUGGGCCGUGAUGAUCAGGCUGGCUUCAGGUUAGAUUCAAUGACCACCCAUAAGCAGCAUGGAACUCUGUGUUUGAAGAAUGAAGUCCCACUGACCACUCGAACAGACUAUGUGAAUCGAUAUCCCUCUGUCUUGCAGACAACAUCGUACAAUUUUCCUGCGACCGACACAACAGAAGAAAUAUGCGCUGGCGUUGUUAAAGCCCAGCCGCUGCACUGCAAGAAUCCUGCCCAGCACUUUGAAGACCUCCUGAUGGUAGAAGACAAACCAGAAGUAAAGCCUGCGUUUCAUAACCAUCAAACAGGCAAAUUGAAGGAAAUUGAAUGUGCCAGAGCUGAUGGUGGAGCAGAUGAGGGUCCCAUACACAAGGAAGUGCAGUAUUGGUGGACCAAGAGGCACCUACAGAAAGGACACAAGGCAACACUAAUCUCAACCAGGAACAGUGGGGCGAGUUAUCGAAACAGAGUCGAAUUGCAGAAUGGUUGCUUGGCGCUGGGUCACGCAAAUCUCUUCAUUCCAUCAACUUUGUAUGGAUCCUGCCUUGAAAAUGGCAAGGUCAACAGUGACAUUCUCUGUAAAAAUUUAAGUUCUGCUAUCGAUGUUUACUUGAGCCGAGUCAACCAAAGCCCAUGUGCCGGAACGGUAAUACACCUCUGGAAGGGUCCUGACAGCAAAGAUACGCAAACUGAACGGGCUGCAGUGCUGACAUAUUUAAAGGGAAAGAAAAAUGAAAAGGAGCAGUUAAGGAAGAGCCACCCAGAUCUUUAUAAGAGCAUUCAUGAAAUUUGGACACUGAGGAAUAGCCAUAUGGUACCAAAUCUACCAUCCCAGUAUCUCUUCUACCUUAGAUGCUGCUAUAAUCCUCAAUGCAUCCACCCAGUCUGCAAGACAACUCAGCUGGAAGACAUACCAUGGUUCCCUGGUGGCCCAUCCAUCUCUUUUCUGCCCAUACCUACACCUGAUCCUACCAGGCCGUUUGGAAAUGAUGCUUGCACUGAAUGCAGUGGGUUUUGUGCUGGCCAUUACAUGAAACUGAACGAGCUUCUGGAUUACGUUAACAGUGGCAACAAUCUUCCAAAGGCGAAACCACCAUCUGAGAUUCUUCUAGAGGCUCACAAGAAAUGGAAAGGGAUCCCUGACAAUUCUGCAGUACUAGCCAUUGCAAAAGAAGCACUUCUUCCCCCCGAAGAAGUUCGUCUCUGGCUGAAGCAUUUGGAGGAUGUGGCAUGCAAUCGCAAGAGGGGGGCAAAGAAAGCAGCAGCCAAACGGCGAGAAAGUCAAACCAAUUUGAGACAGAGAACUGACGCGUCAAAUGUUUGCCAUACAUGCAACAGUGAAGAGCCACCACUUGCAGAAGACGACAAUGAUGAAGAUGAUGAGCAAAUGAUUGAUUGGGUAGCUUGUAAUUCCUGCGCUCAGUGGCACCAUAUUGCCUGUGUGGAGAUUGAGAGCAUUUCAAAGUGGACUUGUACCCCCUGCAAAUAA